AUGUCGGGAACGCGAUUAAUCAAAGACCUGCCUGAACGCGGCAACCUGGUGAAGCUUCUCGAUGAGAACCAUCAUUUGCUCAUGCAGAUAACCGAUCUGCAGAAUAAAGGCAAGGUCUCCGAAUGCCAGAUCGUCCAGAACCAUCUUCUCAAGAAUCUCCUGUACUUGGGUACAGUGGCCAACGAACAGAUCAAGAAUAUUCCCCCAUCGAACUCGAUUCCCCAGCCGAGAGUCAUAGUCCAGCAGCAGAAUCCCGCAAGCGCUCCGACCCUGCAAACACAAACCCCUGCAGCUCCACCGCACCUCGUGCAGUUGGCCUCGUCUUCUUCGACGCAUCCUAUGGUGUCGGAAGUUUCCUUGAUCGAGGCCGUUCAGAAUCCCGGCGGAACGAUACAAUAUGUUGCCAAAUCGACGCCUCAAGGGGUGGUCCUUAUGCCCAUCCAGUCUUCGCAAUGAUAGCCUUGACAUCUUGGAAGGUCACUCAGAAAAUUCGCCUGGGCAGCUGAUUCCCGAAUGUAUAACCCUCUGAUGGCUCAUGUACAUACAUA